AUGUAUUGGGGCGUGGCAGUCGCUCAGACCAGUUCGCAGGACUUCAAGGCAUUGCUUAUUACGGAUGUCGUAUUGAUGACUGUGGGCGUUGCGCUGUGUCAAGCUGUCAUCGCUCUGCGUGUUUGGUACCUCUUCUCGAGGAACAAGCUAAUACGAAGAUUUUCUGCGUUGCUCUACAUCGUGUGCAUAUCUUCGACUUGGGUGUCAACCGGCGUUCUCUUUGAUCGAUACCUUCAGGAAGUUGAGCAACCAAAUUUUACCAGGAACCCGUCUAUAUUCGCCUUCGUCUACGCCCCUGCCUUGGUAAACCAUAGUGUACUUUUUGCCCUCACGACAUAUAAGUAUAUGGCGAGCGACCGAUUUCAGAGAGGCUCUUCGCUUCUAGGUGGGUUUCUGAAAGAGGGCUUAAUCAUGUAUACAUGCGCAAUGGGAUCGCUUCUGUACACGAUCAUCACUAUUUCAUCAUUCACCAAUGUUUCACACCUGGAUGUUUACUACACAGGCUUACAAGGGGGAUUCGUCGUCGGUGCAACCCUCGUAUCCGUCUGUCACGCGUUACUUAGCAUUCGAUCUAUAUCUGCGACACUUCACGUAGAUCCAGCAUGGCUUCUCAAUCACGCGGAACUCAGUCGCGUCCAGUGGACCAAAGGGGACCAUGAAGGCGAGAUUUUCGUCGAGCUAAAUGGUCCCAGCGAUAUAGAACUCCCCAUGAUGAAUCUUAGUCACACGGACAUUGCAGAUGCGGUGCAAUCUUUGAGUGAUAGUGAUGGUUUCGGAGUUCUAGGCACUCCCAUAAAAAGCUACUGA